AUGUAUUAUAUACAAAUGUACUUUUAAACACACUUUGAAAGAGAGUGGACAUGGGAAAGUUGUUAAUAAUUUUAUUUUUGUUUAUAAAUGUGGCUCAUUGGGCUAAAGGAAUAGAAACACAAAUUAGCGAGAAGAGAUUUGUUGUCGAAGUGGGAGUUUCAGUAUGUGUAGACAAGAUACCAAAUUGCGCAGCAUACACUGUCACCAUAUGUUUAGAGAUUCAAUUCAGGCUUUGGGCUGUUGACGUCUGCGCAAAAUUCUGUAACUUUUGUACUAUAUCUGCCUCACCCGGACCUGUUACAAGAAGCAGCGGGACAAGAAACAUUGGACCUGCAAGUUUGGAGUCAUUUGACGGCUUGCCAGGGUGUUUCUACAAGAAUCAGAUUUAUCAAGAAGGGGCCUCAUGGAACGAUGGCUGCAACUACUCAUGUCGCUGCCUUGAUGGAAUGUCUCGUCUGUACCAUUGUAAAAGCUCUAUAUGCACAGCCGUAAACACCGAAGCUUUGUCCCAUGGAAGCUCCAGUUCAGGGAAAAUAUUUUUGCACGACAUAUUGGCAAGAAAAAAUUAACAACAACUUUCCCUCUUAAGACUGAAUUGAAGUUAAUGUGAUAUAUUACAUUCUUUGACUUUCAGAAUAUUAUAAUGCUUGUGAAAUAAAACAUUCAUUGAAA